AUUAAUGAGACGCAGUAGUCUGACCAGAGACACUCCUGUACGCAAGCCCUCCCUCCGCGGCACUGCUGCUUCCAACAACAAGCAGAAGCCAGCAACAUGGCCGACCUAGGAAAGAAGUACUGCGUAAACUGCCUUGCAGACGUUACGAAUCUGCGGCUUCGCUGUACUGACUGCCCAGAUAUCGAACUUUGUCCGGAGUGCUUCUCCGCGGGUGCAGAAAUCGGUAAUCACCGGCGAUGGCACGGUUAUCAGCAAGUCGACGGCGGGCGCUUCACCCUCUGGGGUCCCGAAGCGGAGGGAGGAUGGACUAGCAGGGAAGAGCAGUCGCUCCUCGACGCGAUCGAGCAAUAUGGCUUUGGAAACUGGGAGGACAUGGCCACUCAUGUAGGGGCRUCUCGGACCCCCCAGGAUGUCAUGGACCACUACGUCGGCAUGUACAUCCAUGGCAACCUGGGAAAGGCCUGCGUCCCCGACAGCAUCCCCAACCGGGUGACGGAUCACACCUGCCCCAGCGGUGGCCCCCUGUCCCCCAGCCUCACCACCCCCCUGCCCCCGCUGGACGUGACCCUGGGCGAGCAGCAACAGCUGGGCUACAUGCCGCUCCGCGACGACUAUGAGAUGGAGUACGACCAGGAGGCGGAGAAGCUCAUCAGCGGUCUGUCGGUCAACUACGACGAUGAAGACGUGGAGAUCGAGAUGAAGCGCGCGCAUGUGGACAUGUACGUGCGCAAGCUCCGCGAGCGCCAGCGCCGCAAAAAUGUGGCCCGCGACUACAACCUGGUGCCUGUCUUCCUAGGCCGCGACAAGAAGGAGAAGCAAAGCACGCUGGGAGUUGUAGGUGGKGGUGUCGUCGUCGGAGCGGUGGGGAGCCUUCCGACGCCAACCACACCCGCGGUGACACCGGGAGCUCCAGCCGUCCCGACAGUGCCGAAGCGUAAGAUCCCCAAGGAGGAGAAGGAGCAGCGGGUCAAGUUACGGGGGAUGUGCCAGUUCAUGGCUCAGCGGGAGUUUGAGGACUUGUUCCACAACAUGCACAAAGAGCGCGUUCUGCGCGCCAAAGUACGGGAGCUGCAGCGCUACCGCCGCAACGGCAUCGCGCGACUGGACGAGGCGGCUGAGUACGAGGCGGCRCGGCACAAACGGGAGAAACGCAAGGAGAACAAGAGCGUAGCUACCUCGAAAWCGGGCCGGGGCGGAGGGCUCGGCACAGGAGGAGGGCUUGGCGGAGGGACAGGAGGUGGCGGAGUGGGCGGCGGUGUCAUCAAAGAGGAGGGCAAGGAUGGCGAGUUCCCGGCCAUAGAGAACCUGGCGGGCUUCGAGCUGCUGUCAGACCGGGAGAAGGUGCUGUGCAACUCACUUAACCUCAGCCCCACGCGCUACCUGACUGUCAAGACAAUCAUCAUCAAGGACCAUCUGCAGAAGAGCCAGGGCAUUCCCUCCAAGAGCCGGCUGCCCAGCUACCUAGACAAGGUGCUCAAGAAACGCAUCCUCAGCUUCCUCACAGAGAGCGGCUGGAUAUCCCGGGACGCAUCCUAACAAUCCAUUUAGUUUGUAGAGACUGGGACACGUCCUAACCAUCCAUUGGGUUUGUAGGGACUGGGACACGUCCUAACCAUCCAUUGGGUUUGUAGGGACUGGGACACGUCCUAACAUCCAUUGGGUUUGUGGGAC